UUUUGUAACAGGAAACAAAACCAGAAAAUAACGACACUGUAUGUUAACACACAUUUUAAAGUUAAUAGGCAUAGGUCUCCUGUUAGGAAGUAUGGUUUCACAAUAUGUCUAAGUAGUUCAGCUUGCUUAUUUAUGAAGUUCAAAUCAGUGGAAUAGUGCCAAUGUUCAAUUAAGUUUUAGAAAAUGAAAUCGUCACUGUUUGAUUCCUCACUGCGCAGAAUCCAAAAUAAACCUCAACUGUCAAAAUCUUGUUUACAGGUCCUUUUUUUCAGCUGCGUAUUCAGAAGAAAACAAUUCUAAAUUGGUUUGAAAAAGUAGAGUUUAAAUUUAGAGAAAAUGUUGACCGGCUUUAAACGUAAGUUUCGGGUCAUUAUACAACGUGUGGUUCUACUUGGUUCCAUCUGUGGUCUAUUGAUUUAUUUGUACUCAUAUGUGGAUCUGGAGUUUUGCUAUAAAAUAAUGUCGCAGAACAGUUUGACUUUCAUGUGCAAGAAAUACAAAAACAACGAGUACAGUGGCACACUUUGCGAGGAACUGUGCCUGCAAAGGGAUUUCAAGAACUUCAAAUGUCCCCACAAUGAAAUGAAAACAAUUAUUUUCACGGCACACAAAAAUGGCGAUAACUACGCUGUUAAGUUGGCCAAGGACAUAGAUGACGAUCUGCGCUGGAAGAAUAGCAAAAAUGAAUUGGUUUUCCCAAAAAUUGAGGAUUUUCACCGCAUAGUCAAACUACACAUCACACUUACUUAUAAUGUGUCAUUGGAUGAUAGCAUGAUCGGGGCGCUAGUGAAUCAAGAAAUUGAUAAAAAGUAUCCAGAACAAAUGUGGAGCUUUUGGCGUUUAUACAAAGACAACAACUACAUGCUUGGUAAGCUGUACGAUGAAGAAUCAGUUUUUCCGACAGUGCUUAGUUCUUGUGGGCCUUACUAUGCCACGGAACAUCUGCAAAUAUUAAUGGCAGAUCAAAGCUUUAUGCAAUAUAUUUUCUUCGAUUGGCAACGUCGUCUAACAUUUGCGUUAGAUAUUAUGGAAUAUAUAUUCCGUUUGGAGGAUAUGAAGCCAGAGCCGCUUAAAAUGUGUGAAAUGAAUAUAAACCUUUUUGGCUUAACGGCAGAUAAAAGACUCAAAUACCAGAAUGCAGAAUUCGUUAUGGUGGAAAGUCAACUGGACAAGAAACUAGCGAAUGGUAAGCAAUGUAAACAGAAUUCCGAUUGCAAUUGGCAUUAUUGCAUGGGCAAAUGCGAUGAAGAACUUUCGGUCUGUACUGGCGUACAACAAAACAGCAACUUUCAAAUAUAUUGUGAGCAAAUUUUGAAAGGUGGUGGACUCUUUCCUGGACUAUUGGCAACUUCUAAAACUCCUAAGAGUUUAAUGGCUCUUCUGCAUAAUUGUAUUGAUCCUUCUAAAAAGGGACAUUUCUAUGCUCGUCCAUAUGCGCCCGGCACUGAAAUUGUGUUACGUUUGUAUAAUGAACUUAAGAGGCUUUAUAAAGAGUUUCCUAAACAAAAAGGAAAUUAGAAAAUUCUUACCAAAAACCUGAACUAGAGAGUAGUCGGUAUAUUUUGGCAAAUUUGAAUUGGGACCUCAAUGGAGCUCCUAUAACAAUCAUUCCUCUACAUCUAUAUUCUUCCAAUUUUUGAGUCAUUUUUUAAAUUCAAGACACAUAGUAAGUAAAUUUGAAUAAAACAACAAACCAAUUGGAGUCACAUUUUUUUAUAAAUGUCGAAAUCUGAUAACAGAUAUGGAAAUAUAUUUAUUGAGAGUUAUAUGCUGCCUGUUAUUCGCAUAUGAGAUGUUGGCCAAACUAUAUUUACUUGAAAUAUUUUAUUUUUAUUUGAUAUUAAACUACGCCAAAGAUUAAAUUUGUUUGAACUCAUAAGUUCACUCACGACGACAUCGUCAUCGUCAACUUAAUUGUAAUUGUGUGUUAUGUUAUAUUGACUGAAUGUAUUUUGCAGGUGUUAAUUGUAAAGAUUUUGAAAGAAUUUUAAACUAAAAUAACUAUUAAGUUAAAUCUAUUAAUAAAU